AAGAAACAGCUUAAAAAGGAUUAACUACAUGUUUAGCAGUUCCAAGUCUGAAACCCUACGCUACCUUGAGUUCCACUCACUGUAGCAAAUCGAAGAGAAAAUGACAACAUCAACAGAGACAGAGAAGAAGCAGGAGGAGGAAUCGGAACAAGUGGUGACUCCAUGGGAGGUUAAGGUCAAAGACGGAGCCAAAAUCGAUUACGACAAACUCAUCGACCGUUUCGGUUGCCAGAGACUCGACGAUGCCCUCCUUAACCGCCUCCACCGAAUCACUUCUCGCCCCCCUCAUGCCUUCCUACGACGCGGCGUUUUCUUCGCUCACCGUGAUUUCGGGGAGCUUCUGGACGCGUACGAGAAGGGCGAUAAGUUUUACUUGUAUACUGGACGUGGUCCUUCCUCUGAAUCCUUGCAUUUGGGCCAUUUGAUUCCCUUCAUGUUCACCAAGUAUUUGCAAGACACAUUUAAAGUUCCUCUGGUAAUACAGCUCACUGAUGAUGAGAAGUUCUUCUGGAAAAAUCUUACUAUAGAGGACUGCCGGAGACUUGCAAGAGAGAAUGCAAAGGACAUCAUUGCUUGUGGUUUUGACAUUUCAAAGACAUUCAUCUUUGCUGAUUUCAAUUAUGUUGGUGGUUCUUUCUACACAAACAUGAUAGAAGUUGCAAAGCGUGUGACUUAUAACCAGGCUGUUGGCAUUUUUGGUUUCACUGGGGAAGAUCAUAUUGGAAAAGUUAGUUUUCCACCUGUGCAGGCAGUUCCAUCAUUUCCUACUUCAUUUCCUCACCUAUUUGCUGGAAAAAAGAAUCUCCGUUGUUUAAUUCCUUGUGCAAUUGACCAGGAUCCUUACUUUAGAAUGACAAGAGAUGUUGCUCCUCGAUUAGGGUACCACAAGCCAGCCUUGAUUGAAUCAUUAUUCUUCCCUGCAUUACAGGGGGAAGCAGGAAAAAUGUCAGCCAGUGACCCCAAUUCUGCAAUAUAUGUGACUGAUUCUGCUAAAGAUAUAAAGAACAAGGUGAACAAGUAUGCAUUUUCUGGUGGCCAAGAUUCUAUAGAGAAACAUAGGGAAUUAGGGGCAAAUCUUGAGGUAGAUAUACCAAUCAAAUACCUUUCUUUUUUCCUAGAAGAUGAUGAUGAACUUGAACACAUCAAGAAGGAGUAUGGGGCUGGACGCAUGCUAACUGGUGAGGUGAAGAAGCGCCUAAGUGAAGUUUUGACUGAAAUUGUGGAGAGACAUCAAAGGGCUCGAGCUGCUGUGACUGACGAGAUGGUGGAUGCAUUUAUGGCCGUCAGACCACUUCCGCACAUGUUUGACUGAAGUUAUCGUAUAAGCUUUUUGCCUGCGCAAAUAUUGCGUGGAGAUCACUGGAUAGCUGGAUUUAUUUUAUUUAUCAACUUGAAAAUUGGGUUUGCUGUCAAUUUUCUGCACUUCAAUUGUUAUAUGGUCAUGCUAUCACCAAAAUUUGUACCUUUGUUUACCACCAAUCAGGUGGCAAGGAACUGAGUUCUUGUGAUUCGUCUUGAUUGGGUCCAUGAAGUUGAUUUGGAUUAGUCAAGCUCGAAGGUGGCUUUGUAUGUUGACUGGAGGAUGAAUGGAUUAUGUAAUUUAACAUGUCCUUGUCAAUUAGAUUGCAGCUAACAGUAGUGAAGGUGCCACUGAAUAAUUGAAAUUUUGAUGGAUGGCAUUGCAAUUUUCGUGAGAAAUAUCUAUAUGCCAAUUAAGUGGGAAUGUACACUAGUAACCCAAUAAAUUGAUUAACCUCUUGGCUUCCCCUGGCCCUUUUUUACGUACCAGGUGUUGGACUAAUUUAUAAUUCAACAUGUACAAUUUACACAACAUUGCGGUAUAAUUGUU